CCGGUCCCGUGGUACCCCGGUUCCGGCGCGGUGGAGGCCCCGGGAGCUGAAGCGGUCGCCAGCACCAUGUCCCGGUUGUCUGACCCUAGUGUUCCCCGCGGCCCCGGCCCGCUGGUGUUGCUGCUCCUGCUCUUGCUUGGCCCCAGUUCGGUCCUCACCAUCUCCUUCCACCUGCCCGUCAACUCCCGCAAGUGCCUUCGAGAGGAGAUCCACAAGGACCUGCUGGUGACUGGCGAGUACGAGAUCACCGACCAGUCUGGGGGCGCCGGCGGCCUGCGGACCCACCUCAAGAUUACAGAUUCAGCUGGCCACAUCCUAUAUUCCAAGGAGGAUGCAACCAAGGGGAAAUUUGCCUUCACCACUGAGGAUUAUGAUAUGUUUGAGGCAUGUUUUGAGAGCAAGGGAACAGGGCGGACACCUGACCAGCUCGUGAUCCUGGACAUGAAGCAUGGGGUGGAAGCGAAAAAUUAUGAGGAGAUUGCAAAAGUGGAGAAGCUAAAACCCCUGGAAGUUGAGCUUCGACGCCUGGAGGACCUUUCAGAAUCUAUUGUUAAUGAUUUUGCCUACAUGAAGAAGCGAGAAGAAGAGAUGCGGGACACUAAUGAGUCAACAAAUACCCGGGUCCUGUACUUCAGCAUCUUUUCCAUGUUUUGCCUUAUCGGAUUGGCCACCUGGCAAGUUUUCUAUCUUCGACGUUUCUUCAAGGCCAAGAAGCUGAUUGAAUAAUGAGGCAAUCCUUUCCCACCCUGUUGUGCAGCCAGGAGGACACCACUGGGGACAUACCUGGCCUGAGCCACACCACAGACAGCACAUUCUAUCUGCUGACCCUGGAGUUUUCUUGUCAGAACUGGCCUUGUUUGGGGUGGGGGGAAUGGGGAACUGCCUAGACCCCAAUAUAGGCCAAUAAGGGAGACUCUUUUUAACUUGCUGGGCAGUGGGGGGUUGGGCUGGUUUUGCAACUAUGGAACUAUCAUUAAGGUCACCUAUGAUAAGAAAUAGGUUUCCCAGAUGCUGAAGCCAGCAUUGCCACUGGGUUUCCUCAAAAUGAUCUGUUUGAACCAUAUGACUUCUUUCCUUUUCCCACCCACCCUUUGGCUUGGACUUCCACUCUAGUUCUGUCACCAAGAUGUCUAUGACCAUAUUGACCUUACUCCAGAAUGACUUGCUGUGUUCUGAUUUUCUUGUUUGUUUUUCUUCCUUGAGGUUACUUUAGCAGUAUGACCAUUAUAUGUUAGCUAGAAUUGAAUUUGGUUGGGUGGCUUCUAGUGAUAUAAAAAUCCAAGAGCUAAAGGAAAGAUGAAGGAUAAGAUUCCUGAUAAAGCUGAAAUUUGGAGCUAGAGUUCCGAAGAAAAUUCAAAGCUGAAUAUAGAACUAAGCUUUAUGCAUUCAGCCUUCUAGAUUUCUUAUGUAACCUACAAAAGUAAAAUUGAAUAACUUUUCAUACCAUUGCUUAUUUACUGUUUACUUCCCAUAUUUUUAUGCUGUGUCUAGGAAUUUAGUUGAGUGAGGUGUAAAAUUGUACAACUGGGAGCAUCAUGAAUAAAGUAGGUCCCAAAAAUACACAGAGUGAAUGCAGGGCCAAGAAUCAGUGUGGGAUUGAAGAGUAAGGUGAGGCCAUUGUCAAGUGUGUUUAUGUAUGUACAUAUAAGGAAGGAUGAAAUGACCAUGUUCUUUCUUACAGUUAUGAAAAAGAGAUAUCACAUAUCAACAUAUAACAUACCAACUGUUUUUAAAUAAUUGGGAAUUUUGAGGAUUUGUAGCUCAUUCAUAGGCUUAUUUUGGCUUGGUAAAUCAGUUUCUAAUUAGGAUUUCUUAAGCAGCAACUGCUCUCGGCCAUGUGAUUAAUUCUCUUUAAGAAAGGGAGUAGAAUAGAUGAAAGAAUCAAGAGAGAAACCUGAGGUAACAGGUAGGGAACCUGCUUAAAAGAACAGGGGAGUUGAGGGAUGUUCCAGCUGGAUAAAGUAACAACUGUUGAAGCUUUUGGGGACUAUUUGUGUGAAUUCUGUUUUUUCUGAUUUUGAGAACUAGUGCAGCAUUGCCAUCUGCUGGUAGAAGCUUUAAGUCUCUGCUCCUGAGAAUCCAGCAGUGUAGCAUGCUUCAGUGUAGCAAAAACCCACAGUAAAGUCGUUGACCAACUACAAUAUUACACGUGGGACUCUCUAGGGCUAAGUGGAAAUGUCCAGAAGGAAGAGAAAGAAAGUAAAUGUGUGUCCGGGGUACCUUCCACAGAAGGGUCAAAGUGCAGUGCCAAUGUGUGCUAUGAAGGGCUCCCUUCUGAAUCCAAAUAGGACAAGCUACUCACUACCAUUCUCUGAUUGCAACAUCCUUGUUCAUUAUCUUAACCAUGGUAGUCACCAAGGUAAUUGUGAUAUCUUUUGACAAAAUGUCUUUCUGUGAAUUUACAAUCCAGGCAGAACGGAGAAAUCUUGAUUUUAUUAACUCUCCCUGUUCCCAAUUACUUUAGAACCUCAACUUGUUUGUGCAGUUUGGAAUUCUGUUUCAUGUUGGUUCCCUUUUUAACCAUGCUGGAACUUUCUCCAGAACCCUCUGCUUUUAUUCUAAAGCUAAUUAAUACUGUACUUUGCUUGCUUUUAUCUAAAAAGAAUUAAUUUGCUUUGAAAGACUGGUGCUAGAGUGAGUCUGCUUAGAAAAUAAGAGCAUAUUGAGUUCUCUGCUUUCUCUGUUGUGAGUAUAUUAUUCAAAAUGACCUCUAUGAUGUAAAUGAGAUGGUAAGGUUUACAGUAAGCUUUACUUGUACCAUGGUCAUAAAUUAAAUGCAAUUCUUGUCAUAAAACUUUUCACACAACUUGUUUUAUAGGAAAGAAGCAUGUGGGAUUUAUACAGAUUUAUCUGUAAGUAUUGGAUUGGGUAUUUUUGUGUAAAUUUUCUGAAAUAAAGUUAUGGGGAAACCA